AAAAAAGUAAUCGUAAGUAAUUCUUUCUGUCCGUAGUAUUCGUUGCGGAAUCGCUUUAAAUAGAAAUACACAUUAAAUCAAUGAUAUAAUCGUUGAGCUCCGCCUUCGCUAACACUAAACAAUUAUUUCUGGCAUUACUUUUGCAGUUAUAGCCAAAAGUCAUAUAACUUAUAGCUUUGUAUGAUUUGUAUUUUAAGUUAUUUUUAUUAUAGUUAAAAAUUUUUAUAGUUAUAUUUUAUUUAAGACAAUGUUUAUUAAAUUAACUGCUCUGAUCUGUUUGAUCACCGGUUUUGCGCUGGCCUCCAAUCACAUCGAGAAUAACCCGGAAUGCGAUGCAGAGGAGGAAGCGGUCGAAAAAUGUGCCCAAAAAAUGGUUUUACUCGACAGACAACCGAUGCCUCAAACGCCUGAAGAAAUGCAAACAUUUUGCGACAAUUACAAGUCAGAGGAGAGUUGUCUUCGGAACCAUUCGCUCAAAUGUCUGUCGCCAUCAGCGCAUCAAACGGUGACAAUACUUAUCAAUAGUGUUGUCCAACAGAACCAGAAGAUCUGUUCCAAGGGUUGGAGGAAUAAGAAGCGUAUGAUUAAUGGCGGCAAAUGUAUCAACAAAUACCACAAUAAGCCGAUCGCUUGUCUCCGCAACUUCAUCGACAAUAUUCAAGGCAUCCAUCAGUUGACACAAAACGAUAAAAUACCUGUCAUUUGCUGUAAUUAUCAUUCGUACCGAAAGUGUGCCACCGAUGACCUGUCGAGUGACGACCGGUUGUGUAACUCGUAUACUGUGAGGACAAUACACAAUAUGAUUGCCGGCUAUUCGGGAGAUGUACUCAACUAUGUUUGCGAGAGUUAUGAAAGUUAUGGCCAAACCUGUGACCCGAUAUCGCAAUUGAUUUCUCGCUAUAAUAAUCAUGAAAACAACUCAACCAAAGAGGAGACUCCGAAGACAUUCUUCUCAUUAAUGGUUAAAAUCUAUUUGAGUUAA